AUGGAGAUUUUCAAGAAAUUGGAGAUUAACAUACCCUUCUCUAAAGCUUUGAAACAAAUGUCUUCAUAUGCUAAAUUUCUGAAGGAACUCCUCACUAAGAAAAGGAAAUACAUUAAAGAGGAAACCAUUGAAGUACAAGGAAACGACAGUGCUAUUAUACAAAAGCUUUUACCUCCCAAGUUAAAAGAUCUAGGAAGCUUCACCAUUCCUUGCACUGUAGGGAAUAUCUCUGUUGGAAGGGAACUCAUUGAUUUAGGAGCCAGUAUCAAUCUGAUGUCGCUCUCUAUGUUUAAGAAGAUUGAAGGUUUGGAACUCAAGCCUACUCAGAUGACUCUUCAACUAACGAAUAGAUCUCUGAAAUAUCCUUAUGGGGUAGCUGAAGACGUGCUUGUAAAGGUGGACAAGUUUCUAUUUCUUGUGGACUUUGUUAUCAUGGAGAUGGAGGAGGAUGUGAAUGUGCCUCUCAUUCUUAGGAGACCAUUUAUGAAGACUUCAAGAGUCUUAAUUGAUGUGGAGAAUGACAAGCUUAAAGUAAGAGUCCAAGAUGAAGAAGUAAAUUUUGACGUGUUUGAAGUUAUGUCACAUACCAAGGAUGAGAAAGCAUGUUUCCAGUUUGAUACACUUGACAAAGUUUGUAUAGUGCAAGAGAAGAUG